AUGGCGGAAAUGAAGCACCCAGAAGAAACAACACCCCAAAACGACACAACGCCGACAAGGGAGGAGAUUCCAGGGUCCGGAGGACACGCAGAAGAUGCAUCUCUGGCACCCAAGGCCGACUCCGCCGAUUCCACCCAAGAGGCUGCGGCUGCUGUCCAGGAUGAAGAUCCUCCAACCCUCACCUGCCUCGUCGAUGUAAACCUAUUGGGGCAGCUGCAAGAGAUGGGUUUCAGCGAGGCGCGGGCUGGACGUGCGCUGCUGGCAAUUCGAGGAGGUCCCGUCACAGUGGAGGCGGCAUUAGCGUGGAUAGAAGAGCACGAAGAGGACUCAGAUCUGGAUCAGCCGUUAACUGCAGAGGAGCUUGCCUCUUACAAAGGCCCGAAGAAGACCCCUCUGACAGAGGAGGAGGCUCAGCGCCUCGCCUACGAACUCCAGAAAAAACUGAGGGAGGAACGCCAGAAGAGAGAAAAGCAGGAGGCAAUCGAAAAGGAACGGCUCCGCCUCCAGCAAUCCAGGGCAAUGCUUGAGCAACAGGCCAAGCUGGAGGAGGAGACACGCAAGCGGGCGUUAGAGCAGCUACAGAGAGAGAAAGAGGAGGCAAAGAAGGAGCGGGAGCGCCAGCGGGAGCUCCUGCGGCAAGACUAUAGGGACCGAUUUGGCUGCGAGAUGCCUGAAGACCCGUCGCAGGCGGACCCUGAGGAGCGGCUGGCGAAGAUGAGCGGCAAGGAGAAGGUGGCGUACUACAGCAACGCGCUAUUCAAACGCUACAAGAAAGAAGACCCCCAAAAGCUCCUCGUGUGCCUCAACACACUCCGCCUCUACGUGAACAACGCCAAAGAGCACCCCACGGAUCCCAAGAAGGAGAACGCGGCCUUCAAGGCCCGUGUGUUGGUCUGCGAUGGGUCUGUUGAGCUUCUGGACGCCUGCGGCUUCAAAGAUCAAGGCGACGCCCUAGCCAUCCAGGGACAGCCAGACGGCUUCAUCUUGGCCCAGGCAAUCAAAUUCCUCGAUCUGCUUAUUGGACAACUGAGGGGGUGA